AUGGCUCCACAAACUACCGACUGGGUAGUCGAGAUGGCCAAAGGUCGGAUGGCCACAACUAAAGAUGAAUACGAAGAGAUGCACAACCAGAUGUCACGCAUGGGUUUGAAAGGUGCUUAUAAUCCGGCAAAUGUGUAUCCUGGAUCUCGUUUCACUCCAAGCUCAAAGCCUACACCAGAAGAAGUUCGUGAGAAGGCUCGAUUGUCAUCACAAAAGAUAUUAUCGGAUUGGAAUACAUUGCGGACCAUUGUUCAGUUACAUGCUGAUACAUUGGAGAAGCGUUGGAUGAAGAAGUCGAGAAAGAAACAGAGGGAAAUGCUCUUGGAAGCUUGGCCCAACAUGUCUACUACACAUCGUCCUGAUUACGAGGCAUUUAGACAGGAGUGUACCGGACGCAUACUCAUCGGACUCUCGAAGUUUCAGGAAGCUUACAAAUGGCCUUAUAUCAAUCUGCAAGACCUAAGUAGGGAAUCUCUGGUCAUUUUCAUCACUAGCCGAGGACACAACCCUCCAAGCGCAUUUGCUCGCGCGGAUCUUAACGCAACACACCUCGGAACUGUUGCGCAUUUUAUUCCUGAACCAGCUUUCCUUCCCUUUCAUACACUGUUCUUGGAUGGUGAUAAAGUGGAAACGUAUGGAAGAUUGGUUUCAUGGGACGAGGAUGAUGCUGCUGCUGAUCUGAUGUUCACAGAAAGACAAUUCAGCCCUGGUGACGGUUUGAAAGCAUUUGAACUUCAAGAAAAAAUAUAUCCUUUCCUCAUCAGAUGUUGUGAGCUUAUUCUUCACGACUUCACCAAAUCGGGUGCUUUGCUUGAUGCAAAUAUUCCAACAGGUAUUGCACCUGAUCCUGUCGUUGCCCCAGAGCCUACUACAGCCGCCGUUACCGAGAUACUUCCAUCUCUGGCCACCAUUUCAGCAGAAGCACCGUAUCGUUUACCAGCGAACAUCGAUUUUGAGCGGCUUCGUGAAAUCUUUGCAGCAAGACUCUCAGCAGCAGAAGACUAUCUCUUUGAUUUGAGGGAAGAUCCUGGAUUUUUCGCUGACACCAUUAACGAUUGGAGCGAGCAUCGGAAUGAUGCAUUGUUAGACACAAAUGGCAACCCACAUCCGACUGGACCACACACUCAGGAUUUCUGGGGCCGCGUGGUCAGAAACAUUAUCAGUGACGCAUAUUCUAGCUACGAAACCUGGUUUCUCCUUCAUCGACAAGCUGCUCUAUUAUGCACACUAAUGGAAAAGUACAAGGAUGAAAUUUCGUAUAACAAGCAACUUCCCAAGGAAUACCUCAUUGCCAUUUUGAAGCUCAGGGAACUUCUGAAGACAAGUGCCGAAGCACCGAUCAACUAUCUCCAGAAUAUCCAGUCCUCACCACCUCUCCGACAUCACUUCACACGUGCUCCGCAAGCUCCUGGUACAACCAACAUGUAUAUAAUGCCAAAAGAUGAGAGAAGUCCAUUUUUCCACAAACCAUGGGGUCUUUUGUUGAUUUUGUGGGAUCGGGAAAAACGAGAUUUAUUUGGAUUGACAAAUGUCAUCGACGCAUUCGAACAACUGAUGCAGGAUCCAGAAGAAAGCAAAAACAUAUCUUCAUAUAUCGCCGAUCGAUUCUCGGAUCUAGCAAUAUUAUCUCGAGCUCUUUAUGAAGUCGAGAAUUAUCAGCCUUGGGCUGCGACUUUUGACGACGAGUACAAUAACAACCACCAGAGAGAAGUGCUCAGAAUCACAAUGACAGGUUUUGUUUUCAACAAUGAUUAUAUCGAGUAUAUGAACUCAGUUUUGAAAGGUAUCGUACCAUACUGCAUGCCCGGUGAUGGAAAAUUCAAAUAUCCUGUCAAUAAGAAGCGUACAAAACAAAGCACGGAACAGAUGAUCUUGGCUGAGAAAAAUCUUGACUUUUUCUGGGGGAAAUUUGAUGCUAACUGGAAAAAACUGACGAGGAAGAACAUCGAUGCGUGCUUUGGAGGGCAUCCACCAAGAAAGAGAGGAAAGAUUCAAAGAACUUCAUCAUGGGUUGAGCCCUUACCGAUUGAAGCUACAACAAAAUCUCAACAAGCCUCAAGCACCCAAGAAUGGGCACAUGAUGAGGAAAAGAACAAAGUUAAGACAAAAUCGAAGAAAGCAAAAUCCAAGACCAGAGGGUCCACACAGCCGCUCACGCAACCUGAGGCUCAACCUGAGAACCCCGAACCACAGUUCAAUGUCGAACAAUCUAAAGUCAAGAUCCCUCAUCAUCUUAUGCGAGUGUUCAAUACAUUGUUCUUCCAACCUGGUCAGAACAACACACCAGGCGACGUCCCUUGGGUAGAAUUCCUAAAGGCAAUGGUAGAAAUGGGGUUUGCUGCACAGAAAUUGUAUGGGAGUGUUUGGCAAUUCACACCUGUUUCCAAGGAGGCAGCGGCUAAAACCGGAGCAGAAAAAAGCAUUCAGUUUCAUGAGCCGCAUCCGGGUGUCAAGAUUAAUUUUGUCGUUGCUCGGAGAAUGGGAAGAAGGUUGAUGAGAAGGUUUGGAUGGUGGGGUGGUAUGUUUGAGGAGGAUUAG